AUGAGAUCUCUCGCUGUUCUCGGCCUUGCCGGCCUUGCAGCCAAUGUCCAGGCUCAUCCGGUCCACGACGACCAGCACCCGGCGGCGCUCUCCCGACGUGGCGUGGACAUUAACCAGUUCACCAUGCCCGACGUAUCCAACUACACGGCGUCGACUGACGUUGGAAGCAAUGCCGCCGCCGCCGCCGUUGGCAAGCGUGAGACGUAUGUCGAGACGGCGACGGAGUUUCUCAAGAAGGAACUCCCGGGCGCCAAGUUCCGUCUGGUCGACGACCACUUUGUCAGCGCCAGCGGUGUUGCCCACGUCAACUUUAGACAGACGCACAACGGCAUUGACAUUGACAACGGUGACUUCAAGGUCAAUGUCGGCUCCGACGGCAAGAUCUUCUCCUUUGGCAACAACUUUUUCGCGGGCAAGCUGCCGCAAGGAGAUCCCGGCAAGAAGCCCAACCACAUCAACCCCGUCGAGGCCCUCAAGGGCGUCGCGCAGAAGCUCGGCCUCCCCAUCGACGCCGGUCGCGCGACCGCCGAGAACAAGGAGGACAACGUCUUCGUCAUCAAGAGCACCUCUGGUACCCAGAGCGACCCAGAGGCCAAGCUCGUGUACUUUUCGGACGGCAAGGGCGGCUUGACCCUCAGCUGGCGCGUUGAGACGGACCUCAAGGACAACUGGCUGCUGACCUAUGUCGACGCCAAGGAGCCGACCAAGGUCCACGGCGUCGUCGACUACGUGGCGGAUGCCGCCUCGUUCCAGGUUUUUCCCUUUGGCGCGGUCGCCGACCCCAGCGUCGGUAGCCGCGUGAUUGUCAAGGAUCCCUGGACCUCGGCGUCGCCGUUUGGCUGGCUGAGCGACGGGACGACCAACUACACCACCACCGAGGGCAACAACGGCCAUGCGCAGAACAACCCGACCGGCGGAGACGUGUGGGUGAGCAACUAUCGCCCCAAGAACGCGGAGCGCAAGUUUGAGUACCCCUACUCGAGCUCGCUGGAGCCCAAGGACUACGUCGACUUUUCCGCCACGCAGCUCUUCUACACGUCCAACAGCUACCACGAUCUCCUGUAUGCCCUCGGCUUCACUGAGGUGGCCGGCAACUUCCAGGACAACAACAACGGCAAGGGCGGCCGCGCGGCCGACGGCGUCAUUCUCAACACGCAAGACGGCAGCGGCGUCAACAAUGCCUACUUUAGCACCCCGCCAGACGGCCAGCGAGGGCGCAUGCUCAUGUACGUCUGGGACAGGUCGGAGCCAAACCGCGACAGCAGCCUGGACUCUGGCGUCGUUAUCCACGAGUACACUCAUGGUCUGAGCAACCGUCUCACGGGCGGCCCGGCCAACUCUGGCUGCCUGUCCUCGACCGAGCCGCGCGGCAUGGGCGAGGGCUGGAGCGACUUCUUCGCCGUGGCGCUCGACGUCAAGAAGACGCAGACGCGCGCGCACGACAACGCGUUUGGCGCGUGGAUCUUCAACAACCCGCGAGGCAUCCGCACGUUCCCGUACUCGACCAGCCUGACGACCAACACGCACACGUACGCCAAGGCGGACGGGCUGACGAGCCAGCACGCCAUUGGCAACAUCUGGGCCACGAUGCUCUACGAGGUGCUCUGGAACCUGAUUGACAAGCACGGCAACUCGGGCGCGUACUACCCGACCCUCAACAGCAAGGGCGCGCCCCAGGGCGACGGCCGCUUCCUCGCCAUGAAGCUCGCCCUCGACGGCAUGGCGCUGCAGACGUGCAACCCCAACUUUGUGCAGGCCCGCAACGCCAUCCUCGACGCCGACCGCGCCCUCACCGGCAGCGCCAACCACUGCGAGAUCUGGAAGGGCUUCGCCAAGCGCGGCUUGGGCCAGGGAGCCCGGUACAACAGCAGCAAGCGCACCGAGGACUUCACCGUUCCUGCUGGCAUCUGCAGCUAG